GGAAGCGGAAGCGGAACCGGAGCCGGGAGCCGGGGCCGGGGCCGGGCGCCAUGUACACCCCCGGCGGGCCGGGGCUGCCCGGCGGGCGGCGGCGGAGGGGGGCGGCGGGCGGCGGAGGGGCCGGUGGCGGAGGGGGGGGGCUGCCGAAGCAGCCGGAGCGGAGCCUGGCGUCGGCGCUGCCCGGGGCGCUGUCCAUCACGGCGCUGUGCACGGCGCUGGCCGAGCCCGCCUGGCUCCGCAUCCACGGCGGCACCUGCGGCCGGCAGGAGCUCGGCGUCGCCGAUGUGCUGGGCUACGUGGAGCCCGAGCUGCUGCGCGAUUACUGCAUGAACCCCCAGACCGUGCUGCUGCUCCGCGUCAUCGCCGCCUUCUGCUUCCUGGGCAUCAUCUGCAGCCUCUCGGCCUUCCUGCUGGACGUCUUCGGGCCCAAGCACCCGGCGCUGAAGAUCACGCGCCGCUACGCCUUCGCCCACAUCCUCACAGCUCUGCCUGCAGCCAGAGCAGCCUCGGAGCCCUCAAGGGCAGCUCUGGCCUCCAAAUCGGAGCCAAAUCCUGGGGUCAGAGGUCAGGGAUGGACACCAAGCGCCUCCAGAUGGGCACGGGGCGUCCUGCAGUGCGCCACCGUCAUCGGGUUCUGCUACUGGGCCUCGGAGCUGAUCCUGGCGCAGCAGCAGCAGCACAAGAAGUACCACGGCUCCCAGGUCUACGUCACCUUCGCCGUCAGCUUCUACCUGGUGGCGGGGGCCGGGGGCGCCUCCAUCCUCGCCACGGCCGCCAACCUGCUGCGCCACUACCCCACCGAGGAGGAGGAGCAGGCCCUGGAGCUGCUGUCGGAGAUGGAGGAGAACGAGCCCUACCCGGCCGAGUACGAGGUGAUCAACCAGUUCCAGCCACCCCCGGCGUACACCCCCUGAGGCCACCGCGGCUCCGGGGCGCGGGCACGGCUCCGUGCCCCCCCAAAACUUGCCCUCACCCGGGGGCUGCCGGGACUGCUUCGCCGUGGGGGCGCCGUGCUGGCUGUCCCGCGCGAAGGACUGCUUUUAGAGUUGGAUUUAGAGACGGGGGCGAGCCCCGAAGCCGCCCCCCGAGCCCUCCUUCCCGUGUUGGUGCGUGCAGAGAGGCGCCGUGGGAGAGGGGGGGCCCGCAGCAGCCCCAGCAGGGGGGCAGGCACAGCACCACCCCCCCGGCACCGCUCCCCUCCUGCGGCUCGUGCCCGUGGGGCGCGUUUUGCACUUUACUCCUGAGGCUCGCUGCCCGCCGGGGGUGCUUCCAGGACAUCGCCGUGCCCGCGGUGAGCUUGGCAGGGGGGGCACGGCACCGGAGGAGCUGCCCCAGGAGCCACCCGCACCCCCCCGGGCUGCAAACCCAAGGAAAAUCCUGAGGUUUUUGUACGGUGCCGGCCCCGAGAAGCAGCUCCGAGGUGGGCGCCUGCGGCUGUGGCUUUUAUGCAAGUUCCUAAACCUCCACGGAAAUGGGACUGGUCUGCUUCUCGCUCCCUUUUCAUGGUUUUUCUGCCCCGCUUUUAAUGAAUUCAUUCACCGUCCCGCUCCUCCGCCAGCCCCGAGCGAUGCUGCCGGGAGCCGCACGGUGCCGAGAGUCCCGCAGCCGAACCCAGACGGCAGCCAGCAAGGAGAGCAGCCUUGUUUUGGGGCCGUUUGGGGCAAAUUGGGGCAAAAAAGCUGUGCGGGGUGGGUAUGGCAGCCCGGGAGCAGCGGGGUGGCUGGCAGAGGUUCGGGGGGGCUCCAGGAGGAGUUUUAGGGCAGGCACGCUGCGCGAUGCUGCUCCCUUCUUCCAAAUACUCCUCACCCCAUUCCCUGCCCCCAGCUGCUUCGUCCCGCUUGCUCCUCUUCCUCCCUCCCCUCACCUGGGCAGGAUUUGGCCACCCGCUGGGGCUCGGGAUGUGACCGGGGUGGCUCCGUCACAGCCCCAAAACCUUCGGGGCUUUGCUCCGGCCACCAGCAGCAUCAUCUGAAGGGUCCCGCACAGCCCCAGUGCCGUUCUCCCCGUCCCACCACCCCGCUGCUGCCCCCUCGGCCGAAAAUAACCAAGUCUGGGGGUGCUGGGGUGUCUGGAAAAUGAUUUGGGUUCCCCCCCCGCCCCAACCCCGGCGCCUCUAUGCAAGGGAGGGCUCGUCUGUAAAUAGUCUUGUGCAUAAACACUGUAUUUCUGUAAAAACCCCAAAAAAGGAAAAGGACGCGACGCCCCCACCCUACUAACAAACGUAGCUCCAGGAGGUCGGGGCGGGACGCGGGGAGGUCCCCGAGGUAUCGGGGGGGGGUGGGGGGGCCGUGUGCCACCCCUCUGUCACCGUCCCCGUGUCCCCCACACCCCGCACCUCGGCCCCGUCCCGCGCCCUGCCCUUUUCCAGAGGAAUAAACCCGUGUACAUAGUG